CAUUUGUAAGAUUUUGUGUCUUUUUCUUGAUCUUGUUCUUCACUGACAUAAAAAAACUCAGCGGACCUUCAUGUAUUGUAUGCUAGUGGCGCUGGCGCAAAAUAAAGUCUUGCUCCAGCACAGGCGUUUCAAAUCAGGAGCAAGUAUGCUCCCAGCUUGUGGUCGGUCAAGGAUGUAUACCCGGCUGCUUGCUCCUGGGGAUCGCCUCGAGUCCACGGCAUCGAAUACUAGCGCGAAGGUAUUAAAGUCGCUAUGGGGCAACAUACUCUCAUCGUUGAUUUUCGUGGUUGCAGCUGCGGCUGCCAUCGGUCCAGCUGGUGUUUGCGUUCGGGCGUCGUCCCCAUCAUUCCGACGAGGCAUCCCCGCGUCUUUGACUUUGUCAAGCACCGCGGCGCCGGCAGUCCAGAAGACGAACAAACAGGAAAGAACUCCGUGCAAGCUAAGCUCCUGUCUCCUUGGUUGCGCCCGAGUGCGACAAGAAGUCGCUUCCUUCCUGCGCGGCACAACAACUAAGAGGCAGCUUAUGUCAGAGUCGUCCGAGGACAGCACAGCGAGCUUGGUUGGUACCGGUUCGCCCGUCGUGCUGCCAUUGUCUUCCUCCUCCACGACAUCAACAGCGACAUCUUCGCCUAGCGGUUUUACUUCUUCCCCAGCCGCACCAUUGACACCACGAAUAGAAACCUUGUCCCCAAGCACUAACGCGGGUCAGCGGUUGCAGCUCGCGCUUACCAAUGCCGGUUACUUUCGCGCUAGCGACAUUCGGACUGCUACUACGUGUUCCGUUCCCGGUGGAGGCGGGGGUGGACGGCAGCGUUGUCACAACAACAUGGACGCAAUACCAGAAGUGGUAGCGAGUUCUUGUGACAUGCCCCCUGCCCCUGCGGGAGAAGAUCGAGACCACGACGAGGCCGGACAUUACCUAGUACCGAGCAUGUCGAAAAUACAACCCGGAGGACCAGCGACUUCUCAGCACUGGCGGGAACAAGGAGCAGGAACAUCUUGUUGCGUGCCACCAGGAGCCCCGCAUCCUUUACAUGUUGCACUGCAUGCGUUAGCGAGAGGGUGCGCGGAUACAAUGAGAAGCAUCUUGUGGAACAACUACCGAAACAAGAACUCCAAGGAUGUUGCAAGUCGUGGAGAAACGAAACACACAGACGAAAGCCGGACAGGUUGCAAGAUUCCGCAGAUUUCGUGCGGCGGAAGUGGGUCGCUUCUUGCAUUCCCCUUUGAUUUGUCCCUGCGGCGCGGCCGACAACGAGGACCGCCCGCCCCGAGCUGUGUAAAUGAGUUCAUCGCCGCGAGUCAGGGAAUCGAAGCGAAGCCUGCACCGACGCGGCGCACUCGCAGUUCUUUCGGUCACAGUAGUAGAGAUUGUCUUUGUCCUGGCCCGCCGGAGUGGGAGUGCAUGGCCGUGCGAAAGUGGAUCCGGGAUGUUCGGCGCGGCAGUCGCCGAAGGAGGAGCGACAUCGAGCCCGACCCUUCGCCUCCGCUGAAGCAGCCACAGUAUUUCUCGUCUCCCUCGUCCUCGACUUGGUCCAGUCCGACCGACGAGGUGGGAUCUUUAGACAGAAAGAAUCAUCAGGCGGUAAAGAACGUACCCCACGACAGUUUUUUCCGCGGGGCGGCGGACCCGAGAACCAGAGAUGGCACAAGUACCCGAGCGUCGAAUCGUCCCGGCCCUGAAUAUGUCAACAGAAGCAGCUGGGGUCCUGUUUUUCUACAUCAGAUGCAGAAUAAAAACUGCAAUGACGCCCAAGAACGGAGCUCCACUAGCGGCAACAAAGCGUCGUCGACCAUUUAUCUGGUUGAGCGUGAGAUGAAAAUGAAUCGUCCCGAGCAUCAGCCGUCAAGAGCGGGAACCCCAGGGCAAGGUCACGGCAACAUCUCGCCCAAUUUUGCAGCUUCUUCUAGUUCUGCGUCUCUGCCCGAGCUGGUGCAGAAUGGACAACGACGGCAGACGGAUACUAGCUAUUACACUACCACUGCCGCUGCACACAGUACUUCGGUCACCACGUCGGCUGUUCGACACGAGGAUUUGGCGAAAACGCCAGUAUUCGUUUUGGGUGCCUGUGGUUCCGACGAUCUGCCCUCGUUGGCAGAAGGGGAGGAUGACGUCACAGCCACACCAUCACCUGCGGACUGGAUGAGGCACGCUUGUGCUCCUGUAAGUGUAGAUCCGCGGGGAGGUACAGCGACGGGUGAAAGACAGCAGCAAACAACACCCGCAGAUGUCGCCCACGCUCGGGGAAGGCGCAAACGACGGAGCUCUGUUCAAGAACUAGCGCAAAUGUUCGACAGGAUGGCAAUCGAGAAAUCAGAAGCGCGCGCGGUCGAGGGCCGCGGGCGACGAGCUGCUGAACCGGCAACGCCCAGACCACGGCAUGUUCGACCAACGCUUCCGACACCGGACGAAUAGGAGCAACGUGAAAGUCUGAUUAGAUAGAAGUUGUGAAGUGAGAACGAGCUAGUAUCUUGUUCUUGACACGCUUUGCUCGCGGUUCCAACUGUGCUCCUGCUCCUGGUCGCUCGGCCUACUGCACCGGACAAAAGCCCACAAGAAUGAGUUUUUGACGUCGAUGAAAGGUCGUGUAACUGACAGAGCGUCCAAAGCAUAAGCAAGAAGAGAAAGCAUAACCAUAAGUCAAUGCAGCUCCUGCACUGCAGCUGGACUGACCUCUUAGUGUCUUGCUUUUACUUGAAAUCAGAGGACUUGUUUUUCCUCCUGGAUCUCAUUGUCAUUCUGAGCAUGUUUAUUUAUUUUGCUCAGCACGCUUUUCUCGCGCCGGCGGCUGUAGUUCAGAUGAUAUUAUUUCCUCAGCAGGCUGCAGUACUUGCAAACGAAACCGUCGAACACGAAAGGUCUUAUUUGGCGC